UUUGACGUAAUUUAGCAUUAGACUUUUCACAAGUGUGGCAUUGUGGCUGAAUUUCUUUUCUGGAAAUUUCAAGACAUGGCUUCCGACAGAAGCGAAAAUUUCAUCAAAGAAGAGAUUGACUCUGAUGACGAUGAAGUUGUUUUCCAAGUAAAUGGAGUAAAAGUCGAACCUAGUGCAAAGAUUUUCAACAACAAAGGAAAAAAAUGUGAUGAAUUUGAAGUGAAUCUAUCAAUGAAUGAAAGUUUUCUAGAACAAGUUGAAUCUGAAAAUGGUAUGGAAGAAGUAAGCUCGUACUGUGAGGGAUGCAAAGGAAGUUUUGUUAGCCAUGAAGGGGUUUGUACCUGUCCAAAUGGUAUUUCUGGUGAAGAUAUGACUCAUGAUGUUAAACCCAGUCUGGGCGUUAUAUCAGAUCUUGGAAUCACUCAUUCUGAAAGUCAGGAUGAAAUAAUUUCUAAAGAACUACAAAUUCACUUAGUGAAUCUAUAUGUUGAUGAGAAGACACAUGCAAGGAAGAAGACUAAUGAACGUUUAAAGUCAUUCACUCAAAGUGGAAAUUUGAAAACUCAUGAAAAAACUCACACAAAGAAGAAACCAUUUCAAUGUAAAAUAUGCUCAAAGUCAUUUACCGGCAGUAGCUAUUUAAAAAUUCAUGAAAGAUGUCAUACUGGAGGAAAACCUUACCAGUGUAAAAUAUGCUCGAAGUCAUAUAGUCAAAGUAGCCAUUUGAAAACUCAUGAAAAAACUCACACAGGGGAGAAACCAUUUCAAUGUGAAAUAUGCUCAAAGUCAUUCAUCCAUAAUAGCAAUUUGAAAAUUCAUAAAAAAACUCACACAGGGGAGAAACCAUUUCAAUGUGAAAUGUGCUCAAAGUCAUUCAGCCAGAGUUACAAUUUGAAAACUCAUAAAAAAAUUCAUACAGGGGAGAAACCAUUUCAAUGUGAAAUGUGCUCAAAGUCAUUCAGACAGAGGUGUCACUUGAAAUUUCAUGAAAAAGCUCACACAGGGAAGAAACCAUUUCCAUGCGAAAUGUGCUCAAAGUCAUUCAGACGGAGUUGCCAUUUGAAAAAUCAUAAAAAAACUCACACAGGAAAUAAAUCAUUUCAAUGUUAAUUGUGUUCACUUCAAUUAACUCAAAUUCAUGAAAAUUCUUAAAAAAUUUCAUACUGGAGAAAAACCGUUUCAGUGUGGAAUCUGGCUAAAUUGAUUCACUCAUAGUAGCAAUUUGAAAACUCAUAAAAAAACUCACACAGGAGAAAAACUAUUUCAAUGUAAAAUGUGCUCAAAGUCAUUCACUAGUAAUACUUUUUGAAAAUUCAUGAAAGAUC